AUGUCUGAAUUUGAAAAUGAGGGAUUUUUCCAGUCUAAUUAUUAUGACAACCAAAGUUAUGGAUAUGAUCCCAACGCUGAAGCUCAGUUUGGACAGGAACCCCAAUUUGGCCAGUUUAAUUACAACCAGGGGGGAUAUGCCGGAGGUUCUGCUUAUGGAGUUGCUGCUGAUCAGUCAAUGUAUACUGGGUCUAUACUGACUCCAAGUCCCAUUGCAGUGCAGGAAAAGCAUGACACUGGAACAGAUCAUUAUGAAGAUGAACCACCUCUAAUGGAAGAACUAGGGAUUAAUUUUGAUCACAUAGUUCAAAAGACUUUGGCUGUACUGAACCCCAUGAAAUCUGCUGACCACUCCAUCAUGCAGGAUACUGAUCUGGCUGGUCCUCUGGUGUUUUGUAUGGCUUUUGGUGCUACUCUGCUUCUGUCUGGCAAGCUUCACUUUGGCUACAUCUAUGGGAUCGGGUUGGUCGGAUGUCUGGCCAUGUACUGCCUGCUCAACUUGAUGAGUUUGAAUGGAGUCACUUCAGGAAUCAUCAUCAGUGUGCUGGGCUACUGCCUGCUCCCCAUGGUGUUUUUGUCAUUUCUGUCAGCUGUUCUGACCCUCACGGGAAUCUUUGGUCUGGUGCUGGUAUCUUUGACAGUGCUGUGGUGUAGCAUAUCAGCCUCCAAGCUUUUCGUCUCUGCCCUUGCCAUGGACAGUCAACAGCUUCUCGUGGCCUAUCCCUGUGCUCUAGUCUAUGGUGUUUUUGCUCUGCUCACAGUUUUUUAA